UGAGAGGGGCCCUCAGCCCUGGGUGUCCCUGGCUGCAGGGAGGGCUCAGGGCAGGGCCAGGCUCUGCUCCGGGGGCCAGCAGCGGCCCCAGAGCACCGGGCAGGAACUGAUGCACAGGAAGUUCUAUCUGAACGUGAGGAAGAACUUCUUGCUGUGCGGGUGACACAGUGCCCAGAGAGGGUGUGGAGUGCCCAUCCCUGGAGGUAUUUAAAAGCAAACAAACAAAACACCAAAACACAAAAGGACGGAAUCCUGUUUCGUGUGCUCUGGGAUGACCCUUCUGGACCACACCAGGGCUCUUCCAGCCUGGCUCCCUGUGUGAUUCUGAGACUCUGAGGCGGCGGCGCUUCCGGGCAGCGAGCGGUGGUUCCGGGGCAGAGCGGCGGCUCCGGGAAGAGACCGGCAGCGGCUCCGGGGAUUGAGCGGCGGCUCCGGGAACAGACCGGCAGCGGCUCCGGGGAUUGAGCGGCGGCUCCGGGAAGAGACCGGCAGCGGCUCCGGGGCAGAGCGGCGGCUCCGGGAAGAGACCGGCGGUGGUUCCGGGGCUGAGCGGCGGCUCCGGCAGCGCCCAGGGCUCCGGGCCAUGGAGGAGCAGCAGCGCCGGGCGCUGCGGCGCGGGCGGGCCCGGCUGGUGGCAGCGCUGCGGGUGGAGCCGCUCUGGGACCCGCUGGAGCAGCGCGGGCUCUUCACCCGGCCCAUGCUGGAGGAGCUGCAGAGUGCUGGCAGCCGAGGAGAGCAAGCCCGACAGCUGAUCAUCGACCUGGAGACUCGAGGGAAGCAGGCUUUCCCUGCUUUCCUCUCCAUCCUGAGGGACACCGGGCAGGGUGACCUCGCUGAGAUGCUGAUCCAGGAGUGCGAAUCCCGGCCAGUGCUGCCGCAGCUGCCGGACCUGCGGCCCGUGGAGCUGGAGCUGCGGGAAGAAAAACAGCGUAAAAAUGUGACCCCUCACGAACAUUUGUCUAUCUCAGUCCAAGCUGAGAGUGAAAGACCUCGAAUACCUCCUGUGCCAGCCCGGGGUUCAGCUGUUGACAAGAGGAGCCGUGACCUGGUUUAUGAGAUGAAAACAGAUCCCUGUGGACACUGCCUGAUCCUCAAUAACGUCAAUUUCUCCAGAGACUCGGGUCUCUCGACCCGAGAAGGCUCCGACAUCGACUGUGAGAAGCUGGAGAGGCGCUUCAAGGCCUUGCGCUUCACCGUCCUGACGCGGCGGGAUCUGAAAGCUCAGGAAAUUGUUUUGGAGCUGCAGAAGCUGUCACGGCAGGACCACAGUGCUUUGGACUGCUGCAUCGUGGUCAUCCUUUCCCAUGGCUGUCAGACGAGCCAUAUUCAGUUUCCCGGAGGCAUUUACGGAACGGAUGGAAAACCCAUUCCCAUAGAAAAGAUUGUGAACUAUUUCAAUGGGUCCAAUUCCCCGAGUUUGAGAGGAAAACCCAAACUGUUCUUCAUCCAGGCCUGUGGUGGAGAACAAAGAGAUCAAGGCUUUGUAGUGGAUUGUGAUUCGCCUGAAGAGGAAGCUCCUGGGGGUUCUUUGGAAUCGGACGCGACCCCGUUUCGGGUGCCAUCGGAUAACGUGGAUGAGCCCGAUGCCGUCGCCUGUUUGCCCACACCCAGCGACAUCUUGGUUUCCUACUCAACUUUUCCAGGUUUUGUCUCCUGGAGGGAGAAGUCGAGUGGCUCGUGGUAUGUGGAAAUGCUGGACAGUGUGCUGGAGCAAUAUGCCCAUUCAGAAGAUCUGCUGGGCAUGUUAGUGAGGUGCCUCCUGAAGGCUCCUCUGAAGUGGGAAGAGUAGGAACCUUCACUCGUGUCUGCUGUUACUGGGUCAUUUCUAAUCUGGCUGUGCCCGCCUAUGGAGUUCCAGCAGGAAACUGAUGAGGAUUCAUUGGAAUAUCAGAGCUGAGGUAAAGUACUUGAGGAGCUGCUGCAGUGAUGGCCGUGGGUCAGAAAUCCAGCAUCUCUGUUGGAUUUUGAGGAGGGAAAGCAUCCUUGGAGCUACCCUUGGGAGGUGCAGAGGCCUUAGGGUAGGUCUGUGCUGAGGGGUGCUUGGGGAUUUCCAGGGAACCUGGGAAUAUCCAGUCUGCUUCUGCAGUCACUGAGUAUUUCCAUGCUCCUUUGGGAGCAUUUCAGGUGGUUUGAGGGUGCUGCAGGAGGGAGCCAGGGCUGCCUGGAGCACCAUAAGGAGGCUCCAGCUGGAGCUGGGGUGUGGCUGUGAUGGCCUUGCCUGUGCUCAGGGGUUUGUGAGAGCUCAUGGUUGUCUCCUUCCCCAUUCCCCUUCCCCAUUCCCUGUGGGGUGGAGUUCUGGGUUGCCCUGUCCUGUCUUGGCCAGUUUUGUACAGAGCACCUGGAUGUGCAGGUGAUCCUAGGGCUGAUCCCACCUCCUCUGGAUCUGUUCUCCUUUGGGAAAGGUGACCCUGCACUUUUCCCCUUGCUUAUUUCCCCAGUUCUCUCACUAAGGGAGCAUUGGGACCGGGGUGUUCCAUGGGCACCCUGGCUGGGGUGGGGGUGACUUUGUGCAGAGAUGGCUCCGCCUUGUCCCUUUCCUUCUUUCCAUGAUGUGGACUACAGUGGCUGCUCCUUCCCCAGGGCAUCCCUGGCAGAGGUGAGAGCAGAGUGGGAGCACUCUGGCAGCACAGGUGGUGGAGGGAAUGUGGUGGGGCUGCAGGAUGACCCCCCAGGACCAACCCAGUUCCCUCAAGACCCCCACUGUAAAUCUGCUGCCGUCAAGUAGCCCAGUACCAGCAAGAUCCCCUGAUCCAUCCCAGGGCCAGCCAAGACACCUAAAACCUCCUGGGGUCAGCCAGAGGCCCUAUAGCUCCCUCCCCCAAGUUCCCUAGAGCCCCCCAGGACCACCAGGCUGGAUUCCAGCCACUCUCCCAUCAAACCACCAACCAAGCCUUGAACCCUUUGGUUUGGCGAUGGCCAUGGCUCUUCUCCCAGCUGGGAGCACCUUGUGGGAUCUCUGCCCACCUCGGGCUCCCCAGGACCCUGCCCAGCCUCACUGCACGAUGUGGGGGCUCUCCCCAGCACACAGGCAGAAGCCCAGGACCACAAGAACACAGCCCCCUGUUUCUGCUCCACGGCAUCCCCCUGAAAGAACACAUGAGACCAGCUCAGCACUAUUGCCUUUAUCACACUCAAUACUUGUGCUCCAUGCUGUGUCCUCAGUUCGCGCUCAUUUUCUGCCAAAGACAAGACACGAGAGGCUCAUGGUGAGACCCCUGGCAGGGCAGAGGCAGCGUGGCCAACCCCCUGCAUGGGGGCAGAGGAAGGGGCACCCACCUCGUUGAUCCAGUCGAUGUAGGCGGACACCCGGGUGAAGACCGUCGGCUUCUUGAUCAUG